AUGUUCACCAAGUCCAUCAUCCUCGCCGUCGCCCUCGCUCAGCUCGCCGCCGCCGACACCCUGUUGCUCUGGCUCGGGAACAAGUGCACCGGCGCCGAUGAAGGUUACACCAGCCCCCUGCCUCUCGGCUCGUGCAUCGAGUUCGGCCAGGCUCAGAGCUACAUCCUCGACAAGGACGACGGGAACACGUACAACCUCUACAGCGGUGGAGGAUGCAACCAGUACGUCGGUCAGGUCGCGCUCAGCGGGACGUGCCUGGAUGUCGGCAACGAGGCGACCGGGAUCAUCAACAUCGGUCCUCAGAGCAAGAAGCGUUGGAUCCGCGGCGCGAACGCCAUCGGGGAGCUUGAGGCCCGCGAGCCCGCCCCCGCCCCCACGGCGAGCACGAACGUCAAGCGGUCCCCGAACGGGGUCGUGAUCCAGAAGCGCGUCGAGGGCGACACCUACCAGUGCCCGAACGUCCCGAGCGGCGCCGACUACUUCUUCGUCGUCCAGCAAGAGAGCGCGACCCACACCGAGACGUUCGGCUCCGAGGAUAACACCAUCCGGAACGACUUCGACUCGUCCUUCAACUCCGCGUACCAGAACCCGAGCGGGCAGACUGUCGUCACGAGCUACACGCCGCUCGGGGGCGACAUCGAAGACGUCCAGCUCACGCUCACGAUGCAGCAGGGCGUCAUCCAGGACAUCCAGAGCCAGGACAUCGACUCGCUCGUCAGCAGCCUCGAGGACUUCCGCGGCGGCCAGUCGAGCCCUCUCCGGUUCGUCAUCGGGCUGUACACGGGGCAGAUCAACCACCCGAACGCGGGUCUCAUUGGUGUCUUUGACUGGAACGGCCUCUGA